UGGCAGAUGCUGCAUUCAUCAAACAUGCCAUUCUCCCUGACAGAAGCUCUCCACUCCCUCUGGAGACCCACAGACGGACCGAGCCUUGGCGGGACACUGGUCUGACUGGAAAACCUGCAGGACACACGUCACAAGAUGAUGUUACGCUGGUGACUGGAUUAAGAAACUGACAAGAACAAUGGAUAAACGCGGAGGAAACAAUAAAGCGGCUGAAAACGGAAUAAAGGGGGCCGACCCGUACUCGGUGGAAACACCCUAUGGUUUCCAGCUGGACCUGGACUUCCUGAAGUAUGUGGAUGACAUUGAGAAAGGCAACACGAUCAAGAGAGUCCCCAUCCAGCGGCGCAGCAAAGGUCCAAGAGCAAGCACUCUUCCCAGACACCUGAACACCUCUGCAGGGGGCUACCGGCCGAGCCCCUGGGGAUCAACUGGAGCUCUCGCACCAAGAUCAGAUCACCAUGGCAACACUUCAUGGCCGUACGGACACAGGUCUCCGACAGGACUCCAGACCAUGGAGGAAAUGGAGGCCAGAAUCAGGGAGUUUGACGCGCAGCCUUUGGGCGAGUACAUCCGACCCAAUCUCCUACGGGCUUCCAGUCUCCCACUGACGGUGCUGCUGAGGCAGAGCUCGGAGUCAGCAGAUGAGCUAGGCAGCAUCCAGAGCUCCAGACUUGGAAGAGGAAACACCUCCUGCGAGGAUAUCUGCGGCUCCACAGACAGCAUCCAAGACAAUGCCCUGCUGCUGAGGCGUCUGUCGGAGGCACUGGAACGUGUACAAGCACUAGAGAGGGAGGUGAAGGUCAUACCAGACCUCCAGUCUCAGAUCUCUAGUCUUCAAGAGGAGAAAGAAAGACUCUGUCUGUCCCUGAAACCCAUGAAUGGAACGAAAGACCCCUACUCCUCAUUGAUCUUCAACUCUAUGGACAGCAAGAGACCCCGAAAAGCUAGUCCAGUCCCACCUCCUGGCCACUACAGUGGGCAGUAUCCUAAUGCUACACAGGAGUGGAGGAACAGUUCAGACUUGGAUGAGCUGCUGACAGUGACCUCACUCCAAGCCAAGGUGGCAGCCUUGGAGCAGAAGCUUUGUGAAACCAAGCAGGAGCUUCAGAGAGUAUCAGGGCUCCUGAGGAGGCAGCAGAUGGAAGGCUGUGUGAAUGACAGUAGGAUCAGACUUCUCAGUGGGAAUUUGGGGGUUUGGGUGGAACCGGAGAGGGUGGUGGUGGACCAGGAUGGGGACGACCAGCUGGUGUGCGCAGCUUCAACUGAAGACAAACAAACUGUUAUUGUCCGAAAGAUAAAGUCACUGCUGGAUCAACAGUGGGAAUGUAUCUGUGGCAGUGGGGGAGAUGGGCCCCGAACCCCCCCAAAUCCUUGCUUCAACUCUCUUCAGGAAGAGAUCACAAGACUUGUUGAUACACUGUGCAGCAGCUUUGGUCAACAUCUUCCCAAUGAGGACGGGGCGAGCCGAAGUGAAGUUUCUGAAUCAAAGGCAGACGACCGGACAUCAAGAGCGCCACCUUCUGAUGCUACCGAAGGGAUUCAAAGCGACGCUGGUGGGCAGCAGGAAGAGCCAGGAAAGCAGAGCGGUCAAGGAGAGUCACAGCAGAUGGAGUGUGACCUCAGCUUCAGGGGGGUAAUGGCAGCCCCCCCGCAGGACGCGGAGGCUCAGAAUAAAGGGACGACUCCGAGCCCAGAUGGACAGAUGAUAUCAAAAGGAUCGGACGGAGGUGGGGAGGCAGACGUCAGAAGCAGCGGCAGCAGUUCCACAGACGGGAUCGUAACGUCAGACUUCAUGGCUGCCUGUCACUUCCUGAGCGAUCACAUGGAAAACAUGGAGAACCCCAACAAUGAGAUGAGGGACGCUCUGAUCGUGCUGUUCCAGAGCUGGUUCACCACCGCGGCAGAAGAAGACUCAGAAGCCAGUAAAGUCUCGGUCUACGUGAAAGAGGUGAAGAGAGCCACGCCCACAUUGCUGGCCUUCCUGGUCAACCUGGUCGACGACAACGGCAACACAGUGCUGCACUACAGUGUGUCCCACUGCAACUACAGUAUCGUCAGUCUGCUGCUGGACACAGGGGUGUCUGACGUGAACCUCCAGAACAAAGCGGGAUACACGCCAGUCAUGCUGGCCUCGCUGACCGCUCCAGACACACCCUUUGGUAUGGAGGUGGUCCGCAGACUGAUGGAAGGAGGCUGCAUCAACAUUCGCUCCGGCAAGACAGGUCAGACAGCUCUGCACUUGGCGGUGAGACACGGCCGCGUGGUGAUGGUACGUCUGUUGCUGAGCUGCGGAGCGGACGCCAACGUCCAGGACGCGGAAGGAACCACAGCGCUCAUGUUUGCCGCUGAGAAGGGCUACACGCACAUCGCGCGGCUGCUGCUCGAGAGGAGCCAGUGUGACCUCACGCUGACCGACGAGCGAGGACGCACGGCUCUCUCCAUCGCUAAGCUGGGUUCCCACAGCGACACCAGCACCCUGCUGCAGGCCCACGCUAAAGCCCGAGCUCUGCACUGCUGAAACCGCCUUCACAGAGCUUUCAUUGGACUUGUUUUCUUCAGACACGCUUUUAAAUCUCAACAGUCACUGCUGAACUGUGAAGUAGAGCUUCAGUUUGACGUUUGAUAUGAGUGUACAUUUCCUUGUAAAAACCAGUGCGCAUGACCUUAAAGUGAAGCACUUAUCUGUGUAGCAGCAUAU